AUUACAGUAGAGAAUUAUUAUUUAUUUUCAAGAACAGCACAGUUUCUGCGAGUUGGCCUAACGUUUGUCAUCACUUGACCGGGAGAGGGCGCUGCAAGAUUUCACGAGAUCUUCACGGGAAGUAGAUUUAGCCUACCAUCCCACAUUCACCAUCGGACCUCUUCCGUGAACAAGGCUACCUAUCCGUCGGACAUAAGAUCAAAACCAUGGCUUCUGGGAUUAAGAUUGCAGAUACUGUGAAAGAAGUAUACAGCAGAAUUUCUUUGAAUUCUGUCAAACAAACAAAAUUGAAAUAUGGUGUCUUCAAAUUUGCCGAUGACGGUGCAUCUAUUGUUGUCGAGACAACGGCCACAAAUGCUGAUGCCAUGAGCUACGACGAACUGAUUUCAGGUCUUCCAAAGGACGAUGUCAGAUAUAUUGCAUAUGAUUUCGACUUCCUGUCAAAAGACAACGUGAAGACGAGCGAAAUUGUUCUUGUUUCUUGGGCCCCAGAAAAGUCAGCCAUCAAGAGGAAAAUGAUGUGCGCAUCCACGUUCAAUUCUCUCAAAAUGGCUCUCGCAGUGUCAAAGAAUGUUUUACAAGGAGAUUCUUUCGACGAAGUGGAUAGCGUUGCAGCCUUAGAUAAAGUUGGUGGAAAGCCACUCCCGUAAUGUGUGUUUUUCAAAGGUAGCGUCGUGGACACAGGAGCCGGGGGAGUGUGUGACAGGAGGGGCAUUUGUGUUGGCCGUACGACCUGUUGACUUGUGCACUGACUGCAGAUAGUUUUUUAUGGUUGAUUUUCCAAAGUCUUAGCUCUUGUGUAAUGUUAGAUAAUAAGCGUGAAUAUUAGGGGGAGGCUGUGUCCAGUUGUUUUGGUUUUGUUGACUAUCACACGAUUAUUUUUAUAAGGCUGUGGCCCCUGUUAUCUUUGCCCUCUUAUUUUUGGUUACAAUGACUGUUUUGUUGGGGAUUUUAUUUGUAUGAUGCGUUAAUUACACAGGGUGGGAGGCUUUUUUUACUUUACGCAUGAUGUAUCCAUUGUGUUGUUUUUUGUAUUGAACAGCAACAGUUACGGUCUGGGUUAUUUUUGUUUUCAAUAGACUGACCUAUCAGUUAACAACUAAUGCUAGGGCAGAACAAAUUGUCCCUCCUGUUUUGUGAAUUUUUUAAUUUUUUUUUCUCUUUAUGUUUUAAAAAUAAUUUCAACCCGCUUUUGUGUUCUUGUUUGUGACAUAGAAAUGUUUGGACUUUGGUAUGUCAUAGCCUCAUCUUUUUCAGCCAUUGUAUUAGUAGUUUCAGAGCCGGGUUGUCUUUCUAUCAUCUUUUUUUUUUUUUUUUUUAACUUGUAAACCAUAAAAUGUUUGAUUCUUCAUUCAGUAUUUCUUUCAUGCCUGCCGUCUCUUUCUUAUGUACUCAUGAUGGCAGUAUGAUUGCUUACUUUCUUACCUUAAGACCCUUUCAGUUCAGGACACCACUGUAUAUCUAUAAUACUGUGUAAUUCUACGGUUUACUGAACUGCUCAAUGUUAUUGUUGGAAGAUGAGUAUUUCCUCGCCCGUAUAAAAACUCAAAAACAAGGACGAAGUGUUUGUUAAAAGAAUGUGCAGAAUUUGUUUCAUUCUUAAGUUAUUUUGUCUUCUGGUUGGUCCUCGCGGAGUAUUGACGAAAGACGUGCUUUGGUGGUGAGGUAGCUCUUGCCCUCUCCUGCAGCACUUUCUCCGCAGCGGGGGAGUUGGAAAAUUGAGUCGAUAGUGCCGUAAAACUCCUACUCAAUGGAUCGAAAGGUCGGCAUGAACAAAGAAUCUUGCUCUGUUACUCUAGGUGCAGAUUGCUCAUUGAUGUCCUCCGUGACUGCAGCACAUGUUGCUCUGCAGUACUCUCCACCCUGUCACGUUUCUGUCUCUGGUUGUCGUGGCGAUGCACGUGAAGACUAGUUCUGACAACCGCGCCUCUGGGACGGUCAAGCAGACGGUUUGUUCCUCUCCUGUGGUGAGACUGGCUAGUGUGGGAAGACAGAAGCUUGGGGAAAGUGGGGGCAGGUCACAACGGCGCUCGGGGUCGCCAAUCUUUGGGCACAGGCGUGGGACAUAUCAACAUGAUGCCUACUGUACUGAAUUUGUUUGGGUUGGGGGUGGGUUUUUUUGUGGGGUUAUUUUUUAUAUACCGUGAUGCAGUUAACUUGUCAUGGAUUUUGUUUUAACUCAAUGGAGUUUGGUGAUCAUCAGAGCCGCUAUGUCGCGGGCAAAAAGAAGAUAAAAAAAGAGUUGUACGAGGUACAGCUGACCACCCAGUAUCUCGUAGUAGAGUCGGAACAAAACGGACGGGUCUGUACCAACAAAUAGAAAGGGUUUUUUUUUUUUCUAAAUUCACUAUUUAGGUAGAUAUGUUUGAUUUGGAUUACUUGCUAGAAGUUUGGUUUUUUUAGGCGUUAGGAGUAGUUGUGCUUUUUUUUUUCGUUAAUGAAAUUUUGGAGUUGACAAUGGGUGGGUGCGCAUGCAUUUAAUUAAUUAUCUCUGUUAUUACUAAGCACUUGUCUGGUCAAGAUCAAAUAUUUAAGAGAAGUGUCAGUAGAGUAGAAACAGAUCUCUACUUAUGCAUACACAUCAUGCUGUCUGUACCUUUUUUUUUAUUCAUGCAAAUUAAUAAAUCUGUUACUACAUA